UCCAUUAUCACUAGUACACAACCACAACCACUAAUUUCCUUUUUUUUUCUUUUUUUUUUCGGAUUCUCUCUCACUCGCAUUCUCCGCAACCACCACCACUUCUCGAUGUCGUCUUCCAUAACCACCACCACCACCACCACCACCAUCCACGGCGAGCCGGAUCGUCGAACUUAUUGGUGUCACGAAUGCGAUAUGAGUCUCUCCCUUCUCUCUUCAUCCUCCUCCGUCUCCUCUCCUCUCUUAUGUCCUCAAUGCCGCAUCGAUUUCCUCGAAAGCAUGGAUGACGAAUCUCCUUCUACUCUCUUUGACGUUACCAUCGGUGAUUUUGAAGAAGACGAAGAUGGAGAACACGAUGACGACGACGAUGAUGAAGAGGAUUGGUGUUUCGUUGAUCCAACCGUUAAUUCCGACGAUAAUUUCCUCCUCGAUAGUCCUUACCUCCACCGUCUUCUCCGCCAUCUCGCAUCCGAGAAUUCCGGAUCUUCUUCUUCUUCAUCCUCUUCUUCUGCUUCUUCGUUAUUGAAAUCUUCAGACAUCGAUUCGAUUCCUACGAUCCAGAUCUCGUCCUCCAUGCUCUGUUCCACCGAUGAUGACGACUCACCUCCCGAUCCAGAAUCCGUCUUGCUCUGCGCCGUCUGCAAAGAGGAUUUCUCCGUCGGAGAAUCCGCUCGGAGAUUGCCGUGUAGCCAUAUAUACCACUCCGAUUGCAUCGUCCCUUGGCUCUCGGAUCACAACUCGUGUCCGCUCUGCCGAUUCGAGCUCCCCACGGCGGCGAGCGUGGGAACCGGCGGUUCUGAGGCUGACAUGAGGAUCCGACUUUCGGAUCUGGCCACGAUUGUCGACGGAGACGAGGAAGAAGACGAUUGGCUUGGAAUCAGAAACGCGUUGAGACGACUCGCUCGUCGCCAUGAGCAGAUGAGAUUGGGAGUUGGAGAGAUGGAGAGAAACCUGGCUCGGACGGUUUCAGGUCUGGGAAUUGCUGUGAGAAGAGAAGAGAUUGAAGGAGAGAGAGGCAACACGACGCCAUCUUGAGAAAGCUAUAUGCUUUCAAGUUUCAAUAGCUGAGAAAGAUUUCAAAAUCAAAUAAUCGAACGAGAGUUGUUUCAUGCUCAUGGUUUUUAGUCAAUCAUUCUCUCUUAUUUCGAUGCAAUAAUUGAUGAAACAAAACGUAAAGGUAAUGAUUGUUCUACGUUUUUCAAUUUCUCGAGUAUUAUUUCUCUGACGAUGUUAUCAAUUCUGGUAAAAUGUAAAUCUACUCAGUCUAAUCGGAGUACUACGAGUAUAGAACUCAAAAAGAUAUACUAGUCAACACAAAUCUCACUCGAUAUGUUUUGGGCUUUGAUGGUUAAAACUAGAUAUAUCAUGCAUCUAUUCACUUUUAUUUUAUUUUGCUUAUAGUUCUGUUAUGGUAUAGAAUUAAAGGUGUUGUUGAGAUCCAUGUACAACUCUUAAGACAUCUAUUUAUAUGAAUUGUUUGUA